UUGUGAUUCCUCUCGAUCAACCAACCGGGCUGGACAGCUCCGUUUGCUUCACUUAGAUGCAGGACGGCGCAGAAUGGAAAACGUCAGCUUCUACUUUUUGACGAAUUUUCUUAUUCACACCUGCUUGGCUUCAACGCCAAAUUUUAUCCUCCUUUUCGCUGAUGAUUUAGGUUUUGGAGACUUGGGCUGCUACGGACACCCCAGUUCACUCACUCCGAACCUGGACCGCCUGGCAGCGGGAGGACUCCGGUUUACAGAUUUCUACUGCACCAGUCCUGUCUGCAGCCCGUCCAGGGCAUCCUUGUUGACGGGGCGCUAUCAGACCCGCUCCGGUAUCUACCCGGGAGUGUUGUACCCAGGCUCCAGAGGCGGCCUUCCUCUAAAUGAGACCACCAUUGCAGAAGUGUUGAAACCGAUGGGCUAUGCUACUGCUGCAAUGGGGAAGUGGCACUUGGGAGUUGGGGCCAACGGGAAGUUUCUUCCGACCAAACAGGGGUUUGACCAGUACCUGGGAAUCCCCUACUCCCAUGACAUGGGCCCCUGUCAGAACUUGACUUGUUUCCCGCCAGAUGUUAAGUGUUUUGGAUUGUGUGAUGUGGGAACUGUAACAGUCCCACUAAUGCACAAUGAGGUCAUCAAGCAGCAGCCAGUCGACUUCCUUGAUCUGGAAAGAGCUUACAGGGAUUUUGCAACCAGUUUCAUCACUGCGUCGGCCAAGAAAAAACAACCUUUCUUCCUCUACUAUCCUUCCCAUCACACCCACUACCCCCAGUACGCAGGUCCAGAGGCAUCCGGGCGUUCUCUAAGGGGCCCAUUUGGAGACGCUCUUUUGGAGUUUGACAACACAAUAGGAAACCUCAUGACAACUCUGGAGAAGACCGGAGUGAUCAACAACACACUGGUCUUCUUCACUUCAGAUAAUGGGCCUGAACUGAUGCGCAUGUCCCGUGGAGGAAACUCUGGGCCUCUAAAAUGUGGAAAAGGCACCACGUAUGAGGGGGGCAUGAGAGAGCCAGCCGUCGCCUACUGGCCAGGGACCAUCAGGCCAGGUGUGACUCAUGAGAUGGCCAGCACUCUAGAUAUCCUCCCAACCAUUGCAAGCCUGGCAGGAGCCAAUCUUCCCCAAGUGAUGCUGGAUGGCGUCGAUAUGACAGAAAUUCUUGUCAACCAAGGAAAGAGUAAAAGGGAGGUGAUGAUGUUCUACCCGACAGAUCCCAGUAAAGAGUUUGGCUUGUUUGCUCUCAGGCUGGGGAAGUACAAGGCCCACUUCUACACACAAGGUGCUACCCACAGCGAUACUACCCCAGACCAUGACUGCUCAGUAUUUGCAGCCCUCAAGGCCCAUGACCCCCCUCUCAUAUUUGACUUGGAGGCUGACCCCUCAGAGGGCUACUCUCUCCCCCUGAUUGGAAGACCCGACCUCCAAGCCAUGUUGGAGAGGAUCGUAAAAGUCAAGGGGCAGUUUGAAUCCUCCAUGGUGUUUGGAGAAAGCCAGAUAUCCAAAGGAUCGGACCCAAACCUGGAGCCUUGCUGCAAUCCUCAGUGUAGCCCCAAGCCCACUUGCUGCAAGUGUUGAUGGGACGAAUUCCUGCAGCGGCUAAAGAUGUGGGACGGGCUACAGCAAUAAAGAGCCAAACAACAAAGACAACAAAAAAGGUCGGACAUCAAGCAUAUAUUUUAUUUAUAAGACCAAACCCAUGACAAGGUAGAGUGAUUCUUUUGUCAUUUUUUUCUGUGUUUUUCCCUGGAAUUUUAACUAAUUUGACAAGUUCUUGGUUUUAAAGAUACAAGAUAGGAUAUAUUUGGUCUGCCACAAUGCUUUGCUCUAGGUAUACAGUGAAGAAUCUUUUUGUGUAGCUGUGUGGAAAGAAGGUAUUUAACCGGGCUGUGAUGAAAUAGAAAAACAGAAUUAGAAGGAAGAAAAUACAGACCAGUGAUUCUUUACAUUGUUGGAGCCUGAAGGUGAUUACAAUAAUCUGCAGUAAAGGUCAAUGGUCUGGUCUCACUAAUGAUGUCAUAUCUAACUAAUUUGUCCUAUAUGUACGGCUGAAGCCUCUCUGCAGAGUUACAAAGUUGGCAGAAACACAAACUCCACCGGUUUCAAACAUAAGACACUCAAAUAAAAUUAUUGCAGAUCACUGAUA